UUCCCGCGCCGCCCCGGAAGCGGGCGGGUGAGGGGUCGCGCGGCGGGUUGCGUGCUGGGUGGCGGCGGCGGCGCAGGUCCGGGCCCGAGAUGGAGAGCGCGAGCCAGGAUAUCAACCUUAACUCUCCCAACAAAGGUCUGUUGUCGGAUACCAUGACAGACGUACCUGUGGAUAAUACUGCUAGUGCAAGGACCUCUGCACCUGAGGGGCUGACUGAGGCUGAGGAAGAGGAGUUAAGAUCUGAGCUUGCCAAGGUGGAAGAGGAAAUUGGUACCUUGCGUCAGGUAUUGGCUGCCAAAGAGAGGCACUGUGGAGAACUGAAGAGAAAACUGGGUUUGACCACUUUUGAUGAGCUGAAGCAGAAUCUGUCGAAGAGCUGGCAUGAUGUCCAAGGCUCCAAUGCUUAUAUGAAAACAUCUGAGAAACUUGGAGAAUGGAAUGAGAAAGUGACACAGUCUGAACUAUACCUUUCAGCCAGCAGCACACUGGAGGACUGGAAUGAAAAAUUAACUCAAUCAGAAGCUUAUAAGAAGACUCAGGAAACCCUGUCCCAGGCAGGACAGAAGACUUCAGCUGCCCUUUCCAACGUGGGCUCUGUUAUCAGCAGGAAACUUGGUGACAUGAGGGCUCAUCCAUUCUCUCAUUCCUUUAGCAGCUAUUCCAUUCGCCAUUCGAUAAGUAUGCCAGCGAUGAGGAACUCUACGACCUUCAAGUCAUUUGAAGACCGAGUUGGAACCAUAAAGUCCAGAGUGGUGGGCAGCAGGGAGAACAGCACUGACCCCCACUCCCCCACAGGAUCUGGCGACAAGCCCCCCCAGGACAACGCUCGUUUCUGAUCCCUCGAUGUGGCUUUUUGCACGGCUGUGCACAACUGCAGGAGCCCCACUAGUUCUUAACAACAGCAACAGCGUGCAAAUAAAGGAAGGGGGCAGUUCUCAUUCAGAAGAGAAGUAUCCAUACAUCCAUACACAGACAUUGCUGCUGGAGUCAAGUAAAAUAAAAACAAUGUUUUGUACACAAAUAUUUUACACUAAAGUUUGUAAAUGAAAUGUAUCACUGUGCUGUCCAUUUGGGAGAGCAGGUAAAAUGGAGUUUACUCAUCCUAGUCCAGGAAUAGAAUUUCUGAUGCUAAACAUGUGAAUUUCUCACUCAGUGAUAAGCUGUUUGAGUAAGCAAGAUUGUUUCUUUAGGCAGGGUGGGAAGAGCAAAUAUGGAAGAAGCCAACUGCAAGGGAAACACAUCUUCCAUUUCUGGUGACAGCCCUCUGUUCUAAAUUAUUUAUGAAGAGAAGUAGUUCUUAGUCUCCCAUCACUGCUCUCUCCCACUACCACAGAGGUGCAGGGCCAGAGGAUCAUUGAAAAUUUUCUCUCUCGUUAAUAUGGGAAUGGGGUAAAUAGACAUUUUCUCUGGGCUCCCAAAAAGGAAACUGUAUAGCAGCUGCCUAGUUGUUACACUAAUGCUCUAGCUUUAACAGAACUAAAAUCUUUAUUUUUAAAUGUAAUGAACUUCAAAAAUAAAAGCUAAGUGAGAGCUUUAGCAUCAUAUAGGGAAAUAAUACCUUGGACUCUGAAGCUGAAUCGCAAGCCUUACAUCACCUUAUGCUUUAUUUGUUUAUAAUCUUUUUAUAUAGAGAGAAAUGUGAGAGUUACAAAGUUGGGGUUGGAGCACUGGAGUUUUGCAUCAUACAAUAGUAGCAGCAUGCCUGUGUGCCAGUUAUUGUGUUCAUUUCAAUGUGCAUUCUGUUGCCUGCGUAUAAAACUUGCUUCUCUGUUCUUGGGUGUAUGCCUUCGUCAUUCUUUAAGGAAGAAGCUCUGAAGGCAGAUUAGAAAAGGACAAAGCUCUGUCUCUAGCUAUGUGGGCACUGUACUGGAGAAUCCUGUCUCUACCCUGCCAUUGUGCAGGUGGUUCAGUCUGGAGGGUCCUAAGUAUGAUGGUACAUUCUCCUGACUAAUGUCUCCACCCAUAAUCUUUGUUUACAGUACUUGCAGAGAAUCCUGGAGACUAACUUAUUCCUCAAGUGUCUGGAUGUUUUGCUAUUCUGCUGUCCAGCACUAUCGCUCAGGAGCCAUAGAAUGAAAGGUUACCCAAUGGUGGCCUGAUCUUAUUCUGGGCAAAGGUGCCUCCACAUAAAAACCUAGAGUGAGCAAUUCUGUGCCUUAGAGGCUAAGUGGGACUUACUCAGGUCUUUAGGUUUGCUUACAUACAUAUCACAGUAGUUUCUCUGGUUUGAGUUCCUCUAGGAUAAAAUUUUUUUUUGCCCUUCUCUAGAGAAGCAAGUUUUGACAUUUGAAUUUGUUGAUCAUAAACCUCAAUAACUACCCUUGUUCCCCCAUUUUGCAGGUGGUGGAGGGGAUGCAUACUAUGAAAAAUUAGAAGGCAGAUGUGAUAGGAAAUAGGUGAAAUGUAGUGUGUCAUUUACCAGGUUUUAUUGUUUGUGGCUGAAAUUACCCUCAGUGUAGGGGAAACAGUGUCAGUUAAAUGCGGGACUGCUGGAGCAUAGAUAUUGAACUGUUUCUCUUUACAGGUGAAUAUUGAGGAAAUUUGUCAAUAAAGCUUUCCAUUGGGAAACAAAUUAAAUGAA